CGGUGGUUCACUUUGGUAUUUCAGUACAGACACUAUCACACUGGACCGUCUUGUACAUUGCCAUACAAAUAUUUAAGUAAUUUGUUGGCUCGUUUUUAUGAAAUAGGCAACCAAAAUGCAUCUCACGCUGAUCAACUUUUUCAAAAAGACUGUGCCGGGUCACAUAUUCCGGGGCAAGCGGCGCCUAGUUAAGCCUGUCAGCCAACGGGCAAUAGAUACACUGACCCGCGAGUACGAGCGCCAGGAGCAGGUGAUGCUACUCCUUCGGCAUCCCUACCUGACCCUGGAACAAUCCUCCGGACACGCUAAGGAGCUGCAAAAACGAGAGAAGCUGGUGGCAAAGUGGACGGAUGAGCAGACCCUGCGCAAGAUGAAACCGCACGUGACUAUUGAGGAGCGACUAAAGCAGCUGAAGAUCAAGGAGGCGUGGGAUUAGCUGCUCACACAGCUCACCUGAGUUAAUUGAGAAAUAAAUAUAGAUUGUAUGUAAAUUACGUAA